AUGAAUAAUUUGAGCGAAACCAGCAAUAGUAAAAUUAAAAAUAAAAUAAGUAUAGUAAUUUUUAUUAAGUUGAUGGGUAAUAUAUAAGAGAAAGACAAUAGAGUAGGUGUUAAAGGAGGUAUUUUUAUUUAGAUUGAAAAGACUCACUUUGUAAGUAAUGAAGUUAUUGAAGGCUUCUUGCAUAUUAACCUGGAAGAACCUUUUAAUGGGCAUUUGUUGAUUGUUCAGUUUGAUGGAAUAGAAGAAACAAGAUUCGACUAUUAAGUUCUUUCUAAAAAUAAAAAAAAGGAAACCAAAAAAGCGAAAGAGACAAAAAGAUUUCUCAGUGUUAGCAUGCCAAUUUAUGAUUUCGCAACAUCUGGCAAACAGGAAAGUUUUGUUUUAAUGCCCGGUUAAUGGUCUAUACCUUUUCAUGUAAAAAUUGCUGAAUAGUUACCAUCUUCAAUCAAGUAUUUCAAAUCAAUUAAUCAUAAUUGUAGCAUAUAAUACUCUCUAAUGGCAUAUAUUCUACCUACAGAUUUGAGUCGCAUGCCUAUUUAAGGCAAUUAACAAAUAUUUAUAAGUUAGUAUUUGCCUAAGUUUCAUGAUAUGAUAACAAAAUAAAUAGAAAAUUCACCUUUGUUCUCUUGCUGUUUAACUGCAGGGUCAUAUUCUUUAACUUGUAUGCUAACUUAGUAAUCAUUUGCUCCCACUGAGAUAAUAAAUAUGCAAAUAGAAUGCGAUACAAAAAAGUUCAAAAAAAAGCUUAAUAAGCUAAAAAUAGAAUUAAUUGAAAAUGUUUAAAUGAAUGCGAAUGUUUUGAAUUAAAAGAAAGAAUAAAUCGUAGUUUCUAAAACUGAAAUACAAGUCAAUGAUUAUUUGGUAUAGACUAGCAUGGCUGUACCUUCUUCAAUUGCUUGCUCUGCAGAAGGAACAAUAAUUCAAAUUUCUUAUCAAAUUAUCAUCACUCCUGUUUUAGAUCUGUCCUGUUUGAAGGCGAAUGAACCUCUAAUUGUGCCUAUUAUGAUAAUUCCUACCAAAAAAAUGGAAAAAAAUCCUUGUGUAGAAAUUCCUUUACUAAAUGAAGUAUAAAAACCAGAAAACUGGAAUCCUCAAAUACUAAAAGAAAAAAAAUAUUCGGAUCAAUAAUCAUUAAAAAUACAAUAACUUUAUAUUGAAUUCCAAGAAAAGCAAAAUAAAAAAUUGAAUAAAACUUUUACAACUCAUAUAGAUAAAUUUGAGAAGCCAACUAUGCAAUUAAUCCAGUGA